AUGUUUGUGAUUGGUUUAGGGCAAAAACAUUCUAUUCCAACAACUGUUCAGCUUGAAAUUGGUAACGAAGUUCAUGCAUUAAAUAAUUACUUCUCUUCUAAUUAUGGGGAUUGUCUUAAAAACUACUUGAGUAAAGCUGGUUUUAUUAUUGAUUCCCAUCAUGGUCUUGUAGAAUUAUUCAAAAGUGAGGCUUUGUUAGACAAAGCAUUCUCAGUUGUUAGUUCUGAAGCAAAAAUUAUGACUUACUGUAAAGCAAAUUUAGGUUUUGUUGCUCCAUUGCAAAUUGAAAUACAAGCCGACUAUGAUAAACAGAUAGUUAACGAUAGAAAAAAUGAUAAGAGAAAUAGUUUAACCAACAUUGCACAAAUUAUAGCUAAAAUCUCUUCACAAGUUAAAACAAACACAUCACAAACUAUUAACAGUAACGGAGCAAAUCAGAAUAAGAACCAAUCUAGUGAUUUGCUAUGCUCAUACAGAGAUAGUAACAUAUUUCACAAACAUGUUGUGUUUUGUAAGAAUAAGCAUGCAUUACGUAUUUAUAUGUAUAUAGACGAAUUUAAGGUUUGUAAUCCGAUUGGAUCACACCGCUCCACACAUAAGCUUUGUGCUUUUUAUUUUUUUAUAGACUUGAAUGAAUUGUGUUUAAAUGGCAUUGCACUAACUAUUGAUGGUGAGAGUUUACAAUUGUAUGGUGCACUUGCAACUAUAUCCGCCGAUAACUUGUCAGCUCAUGCAAUUGCUGGUUUUAGAUGUGCUUUUAAUUCUGGACACAUUUGUUGCUAUUGUAUGUUACGGUAUGAAGAUAAAGAAAAACUACUGCAAGAAACUGUUUUAGCAUUAAGAACUGAAACCCUCCACAAAUAUCAUUUGCAAGGUAUCAAUGCUGGAAUAAGUGGACGUGUAUAUGGAUUUGUCAAAAGAUGUCCAUUGUUAGACCUGUCAUAUUUUAAGUUAACUGAAUCAUUUCCACCAGAUUUAAUGCAUGAUUUACAUUUGGGAAUUAUUCCUUUGAUCCUAAAGUUGUUAAUAAUUAAUUUACAUUGUGAUGGAAUUGUAACUGUUUCUCAGCUUAAUUAUGAGAUUGAAAACUUUGAAUUUCUAAAAAAUGAUAAAAAAAAUAAACCAAUAGUUAUUCCUUUGACAGUACCAUCUGGUACUGGAAAUAUUGUCGGCAGCGCAUCUGAAAAAUUUAGUCUUUUUUAUUUUUUAACAUUUUUGAUUGGGGAUCGAGUUCCUAUAAACAACAAGCACUGGAAACUGUAUCUAUUAUUACGUGAUAUUGUGGAUUAUUUGAUGUGUUACAAAAUCUCCAGGACUGUUUUGUCAUACCUGCAGCUGCUAGUUGAAUCUUUUGUUCAAACAUUUGUUAAAUUAUAUCCAGGAAAACUAACACCAAAAUUGCAUUUUUUGUUGCAUUAUCCUCGUUUAAUUGCAGAUUAUGGUCCUCUUCGUUAUUUGUGGUGCAUGCGCUUCGAAGCAAAGCACCAAUAUUUUAAAAAACUUGCAGGUGCAGUAAGAAAUUUUAAAAAUAUAGCUUAUAUCUUAGCAAAGCGUCACCAACUUCAUCAAUGCUGGGAGUUCGAAGCUUCCAGCUUCUUGAAAGAAAUCACAGAGAGUUCAGGAGAAUGUUCAAUUUAUUUUAAUAAUCUCCCAGAAUGUCAUCGUUCCAAAAUUAUUAUUUUUUUUGAAGUUUCAAAUUUCAGUGAUUCAGAGGUUUUGUGGAAGUGCAAUAAACUUACCAUUGACUCUGUUAAUUAUAAGAUUUAUGAUGUUGUGUUAGUUGGAUCACUGCAUGGAGAAGACAUUCCUCUUUUUUUAAAGAUUAUGUACAUUUAUAAAUUGAAAGAAAGUUGGUUUUUUAUUGGAAAAGUACUUAUUUGUGAACAGUUUUCUGUGCAUUUGCAUGCAUAUUCUGUUAAAGAAGAUAUAGAACUGUCUGUUUGUCAACCAUGUAACAUUAUUGACCCUCAGUUACUUAAUUCAUAUAUUUUAGCUGACGGAAAAAUGUAUAUCUCUUUAAAGUAUAAAUCUGCUAAUAUUGACGGCGAAACCCUAGAAGGAUUUACAGAAUUAAUGGUAGGCGAAGUAUGCAAAGAUGACUUCAGACUAAGAGUUCAAUCCUUUUUUGUGCUAUCAUAUCUGCACAUUGUGUACAAUUAUUUGUUAAUUAUACAAUUUUCUCUAAUUACAAGUACAUCAGAUUUUCUUGUAAUUCCUGGUGUAAACAAUCAAAAUGAUGCCAGAGAUGUUGUUGUUGCAGUCAAUAAUGACAGGUCGUCAUCUUUUGGUAACUGGCCUAACAGGUAUCCUCUGCCAUCAUUUCCAAGACAAGUUCAAGAUGCAUUAAACAAAGAGGAUAAAACAAUAAUUUGUGCUGCACGCACAUGUCUACGUACACAACUUAUACAGUCAUUAUUUGAGGAUAUUACCUCAAAAUACACGUGGUACCCAAACAGCAUGCAAUAUUUAGAGGUAAUCAGUGCUUUAUGUGCCAAAUAUAGUUACUUAAGUGAUUACAGCAUGCCAGGUUGCAAAAAAAAUGGUUCGCCCAGUGUACAGCAAAGUGACUUGAAAAAUUGA